AUGAACAUCUCACCCCGGAUUUGCCGGCCAAACGGCCCGAUUUCUUGGAUCGCCCAGCGAAAUUUGACGGCUAACGAGGCGGCCGUUGCGUUGAGACCCUUCUAUUUCCUCGUCCACCCCGAUCGCUUCGCCCAGCUGCCAAAAAUCAGGGAGCAAAAUGAAAAAUCACUACAGAUUUUCAACGGCUACUUGAACGAUCUGUACCCACAUCAGCCCAGCUUGUCGAGCCAUCGGCCGAUUGAGGUCACACGGGAGAUUGAGGACGUGAAGAUUAGUCUUUCUGGCACGGAUCCGAGGAAUAUCGUGGCACACGCGCUGGAGAGAUGUCGACUUCCGACCCGCGGUUUACCGAGAGGUCGAACCCGAUCCCCACCUCGAUCGGCCCCGAAAACCCAUGGCGCCAACCCGAAUGACCUGAUGGCCAUGUACUUGAGACGCAAAAAGAAAGCCUCACCACCGAACGACAUCUUCUCGCGACUGAACGGAAAACGUGACCACGCGAUUCGGAUGAGCAAGGAAUACGAAAGCUCGAAAAUCACGAUGAAGGACGAUAUUGACGAGCUGAAGUACAGGACUGGGUUGAAAGAUGUGAUCUGGCAAAUCGAGUGGACCGAGGCGCACAUGAAGCGUUGUAUUCACGGUGUCCUUCGGAUGCUCAACCAAACGGAUCCGGAAGUGAAGGAGUUGAUCCAGAAUGCCCUCUACAAAAGCACUCUAAGAUUUGGCCGAGGCUCGUUUGUUUGCUGUGAUGGGAGCUUGCAAUUUGGUGCUGAUCAAGUUCCGGAAAUGUGGCAACAGGUGAGCAAAAUCAGUUACGUGAAGCAAAUGUUCAAAAAGAAGAUCAAGGCCGAGCAGGCGGCAUACCGACAAAUGGCGAUCAUUAGC